AUGAAGCUUUUCAGUCUUUUCUCUCUUGGUGCAAUGGCCGCCGAAACUGGCUUGAGCAGAAACCGACGAGAAACCGAGUUUACAUUUACUGGAGAAGAAUCUGUUGAUUUCUUCAACGAGUUCCUUGCUGAACUCACCGACGGAACUACUGAUGAACUCGACCAAUUGAUCUUCAAUCUCAGCGGUGGAGAACAAUCUCGCUUCAUCUCCGAAGUCGAGUCGCGAAAAUUCCGACAAUUGAAGGUUGUCGUUCUCUGGCUCCAAAAAGAGCAAAAGUUUGGCCGAUACUGCUACUACGGAUGCUACUGCUUGCCAGAAGGAUCCCACAACAUCGCUGGUGGCGGAUACGGCAAACCAAAGGACAACAUCGACCGAAGCUGCAAGGACUUCAAGCAGUGCUACCACUGUCUCAAGAACGAAUACGACGGCGAAAGAAGCUGCAUUGGCGAAGAGGUCGGUUACGGAUUCCAACUUCUCGAGGAAAACGGAGUCAAAACCGUCCAAUGCACCAACAGAGAAGGCUCUUGCCGACGAAACGUUUGCGAGUGCGACUUGGCGCUCGCCAAGGGACUCUCUAAAUUCGAAGACGAAUGGGAAGAGAAAUACCACUCCGUCAAAGGUGGCUUCAACCGAACUGAAGAGUGCAUCCCCGGCGGUGGCGGAAACGGCUACAAUCCAGCUGUCGGCUGCUGCGGAGACAAGACAACCUUCCCCUUCAACGAGAUUGUCCGAGCCAAUCAAUGCUGCGAUGGACCCUUUGCCAAGCCCGCUGGACAGUGUUAUUAA